AUGUCUCCCGGUGAGGACGACUUGACAGCUGAAGAUCCGAUGAUGAGGCAACUCAAAUACAGUCUUGAGGAGGUAGGACACCAACCUACGAGCCGCACCCAUGGUCGCGAUCCGCCACAUAGCAGCCAAGUUCAGGGACUAUCCGACAGGUCUAUGGCGCUUGCAUUCUACAACCCGGAGAGCAUUCCGAUAAAGGCAUUGCGAGCUGUGCACGUGGACGUCAAACCGGCUGCAAGCAAGAACGGGCUGUCGACCUCGUACUGGAAUGUGCAGAAGAAAUAUUUUGUCGAAAAAGAGCAGAGACAACCAACCGUCACCACAUAUCAAAUAUCACUUGCGGAAUGGUAUGUCCCCCAUACUCAGCAUCUCUCCUCCACUCUGGUUUACUAG